UUGUCUUCUUCUUAUUAGCUAGUGCUGUUGAUAAUAUAGCCAUGUCAAGAGAUCCUCUAGUUGUUGGCAAUAUCGUCGGUGAUGUUCUCGAUCCAUUUAGUAGGACGGCUACAAUGAGACUGAUCUAUAACAAUAAGGAUGUUACAAAUGGCUCAGAUCUCAAGCCGUCGAUGGUGGUAAAGGAGCCUCGGGUUGAGAUUUCAGGACGCGACAUCAGGACAUUUUAUACGCUUGUGAUGAUAGAUCCUGAUGCUCCAAGCCCAAGCAAUCCAACCAAAAGAGAGCACCUGCACUGGUUGGUGACAGAUAUCCCAGAAACAACAAAUGCAAGUUUUGGAAACGAAGUUGUAUGCUAUGAGAGCCCAAAGCCAACAGCAGGAAUCCAUAGAAUUGUCUUUGUGUUAUUCAAACAGUCCGUUAGACAAACAAUUGAUGCACCUGGAUGGCGACAGAACUUCAAUACUAGAGACUUUGCCCAGCUUUACAGUCUCGGCUCACCUGUGGCUGCCAUGUACUUCAACUGCCAGAGGGAGAACGGUUGUGGUGGCAGAAGGUAUGUUGCCAGUGGAUGGAUUUGACUGAUCAUCACCAUCAUCUGUCAAGAACAAGCCAAUUUACAGCUCCAGUUACUGGGAUUAUAAGCAGUCUCAACUCUCAAGUGUAUAUUUCUCUCUCUCUCUCUCUCUCUCUCUCUCUCUCUCAGCUCGAUCAGCUUCUAGUGAUCCUUUAUGAAGUGUA